UCCACAUCGGGCCGGUGAUUUGGUGCAAUGCGAACACUUAAAUGGUUCACUGUGCACGCCGUCAGAUAGGCGGGAGCAGCAACCUCCCACUCCUCCUAUUGCUAUAACAACCACAGGGCGGUCGGUGUGAGUCGAUGGCACAGCGGCUCGGAUGCGACUGCUAACUGUCAUUCUCCCGCAAGUGGCCCGGCCUGAGCUCGCUGCAUCGCCGUUUGACACUGGCUGAUCCCGCCCGGUGAGGAGGAGGAGGAGGAGGAGGAGGAGGAGGAGGAGGAGGGGGGAGAGCCUGUGUUUCCCAGUCACAGUGAUCUGAACAGUGGGGAAGCUCAGUGUCGGGAUCCGCUACGUCAAACAGAUUAGUCAAAUAACCUCUCGGGGUAGGACAUACCUCCCCUCCCUGGGUUUGCCUGGCUGCAUGCAUGGGCUGAGGAAGGAAGAUAGUCUGCGUUGACAAAUAGCCAGGAAGCCCUUAGCGAAAAACAGAAGUGCACUACUUUUCUUUCUUUUUUUUCUUUUCUUUUCUCUUCCUUUUGUUUUUAUUUGGCUGGGUGAGACGGCUGUGGUGAUCCUCCAGCAGCGUCUCCUCUUUUCUCUCCCCCUCUCCCUCCCCAACCCCGGUGCGAAAUGGCGAAAGAAAACGGCGAGUCCAGCGAUGGAUCUUGGAAAAAACAUGUCGAUGAUAUCAAGAAAAUAUUUGACUUCAAGGAAGUCCUUGGGACGGGUGCAUUUUCUGAAGUGGUGAUGGCUCGGGAGAAGGCCACAGGAAAGAUGGUCGCAAUCAAGUGCAUCCCGAAAAAAGCGCUGAAGGGGAAGGAGACGAGCAUCGAAAAUGAAAUCGCUGUGCUUAGGAGGAUAAAACAUGAGAAUAUCGUGGCUCUGGAGGACAUCUAUGAAAGCUCAAACCACCUGUACCUCAUAAUGCAGCUGGUGUCUGGAGGUGAGCUGUUUGACCGCAUUGUAGAGAAAGGCUUCUACACAGAGAUGGAUGCCAGUCGGCUCAUUCGACAGGUUUUGGAUGCAGUGAACUAUCUGCACUCCAUGGGAAUAGUGCACAGAGACCUGAAGCCUGAGAACCUGCUCUACUUCAGUCCCCAUGAUGAAUCAAAGAUCAUGAUCAGUGACUUUGGCUUGUCAAAGAUGGAGGGAACAGGCGAUGUGAUGGCCACCGCCUGUGGGACUCCAGGAUACGUGGCCCCUGAGGUUCUAGCUCAGAAGCCCUACAGUAAAGCUGUCGACUGCUGGUCAAUUGGGGUCAUCGCUUAUAUUCUGCUUUGCGGUUACCCUCCGUUCUAUGAUGAGAACGACUCAAAGCUGUUUGAGCAGAUUCUAAAGGCAGACUACGAGUUUGAUGCACCGUAUUGGGAUGACAUAUCAGACUCCGCCAAAGACUUCAUCAGCUGCCUAAUGGAGAAGGACCCAGAGAAGAGAUUCACAUGUGACCAGGCUCUUCAGCACCCUUGGAUUGCUGGAGACACUGCGCUCUGCAAGAACAUACAUGAAUCAGUCAGUCGACAGAUGCGGAAAAACUUUGCCAAAAGCAAAUGGAGGCAAGCUUUCAAUGCGACGGCUGUGAUUCGCCAUAUGAGGCGCCUGCAGCUGGGCACCAGCUUUGGCAGCAGCAUUCACAACACCAACUCUGUGUCCAACCCUCAGAGCCGCGCUCCAGCCAAGAGCCAGUCUGUGGACUGUGCCCCGCUCUCCCUGAAGGACUGUCCUCCAAUAACUCCUUUGCCCUCUGCUGUUAAAGUGUACAAUCAGGACUCUGACGCCACCUCUCCUGUGCGAGAGGAACCGGUGGUGGCUGAGCCAGCGCGACCACGACCCUCCACCGUUACCGUAAUCCACACUGGGACUAAAUGACGCCAGGUUCCGCGGGAGGUGAGCUGGGAGACCACAGAGCUUUGAGAUGGGAUAAAACCAUCCCAGGCCUCACGAUGUUGUUGCCCAGUUUGCCCAUCCCGCAACCUCCCAUCUGUUUCUGCCAAACCACGGGAGGAAUUUCAGGAGUGUUGGCUCAGCUCAAUUUACCAUGGCUCAGCACAGCACCGCACUGCUUCCCUUCCUACUCUCAUACAGAUCUGGAAGUACAGAGGGGGAAGAUGCUCAUCAGAAGUUGUCACUGUGGAAGCCAUGUUCAGCUUGGGUCAUGGCUGUCUGGCAGACAAACAAGAAGCAGCUGGUCUGGGAAGUGCCACACUAAAAGGAACUCUUUAUUGAAGCUGCUAUCACUUUGGACUGUGAGCGUCGUGAGACAAGGACGCUCCGCUUUAUGCCUUGUGUAAAUAUCCCGCCUGGAACUGCUGAGUGGAGUCAUGUUAUGCAAGUGAAAUAUAAGCUUCAAGCUGCGCUAAAUAAUUGUGACAUCAUCUGCACUCUGAACUUCUUGCCGUUUUGACAGCUCUCUUUAAUUUGCUGUGGUAUUUGCUGCAAUGGCUCGCAGGGUAAUAACUCUCAACGGUGUGACAGUAUGUGUUAUCUCUUUGCUUUAAACUGCGUGGACAUUGAAUAUGAGCGGGAUGGUGUGCUUUCAAGGGCCGGUGCAUUGCACUAACGUAUUGGAUUAUUUAUUUUCUUAUAAUAUAUUACGACUUUUUUUUGUAAGAAUACCACUUGCAUAGAUUGUGCAAAUGCGUUAUUAGAUUGGACUGAAAAGUUAUUGAAUUGAAUGGUGGAGAUACAGUAUCUAAUAGUUGUUACUUUGUAAUUGCUGUUUUAUUUGAUUAACUAAUCUUGACGUGACUGUGAAGUCCUCCUCGACCACAGGAGGGCAACUCGGUGUUGUUGCUGUGUGACCAGUUCUCAGGGAUGUGCUCCAACAUGAAGCUAACCAAACCCCCCUCUCAGAGCGAUCAGACGCUGCUGAUGGGGAUGGUGAAACAGUUGAGAAUUAAAACCUCCAAGUACUGCAUAAUGUUUGAAUGUGCCAUCGGGAGAGUUGGACAUAUGCUUCCCUUCUUUGAAUCCAUCAUUGUUGACCGUGUGAGAGUAAUCUAACUUGAACGCAUUGUUUUUCCCUUUAAAAACCUUGAAUUAUAUCUGGAUUUAAAGAAAGUGUUCAUCAAGAAAGUGCGCAUUCGUGUCUGCCGUUGAAAAAAAAAAAAAAAGUCAAUCGACCAAUGAAUGCAAAUGUAUCUCAAUUGUUCCCGCUGUAAAAUCAUGAGAUCAGUAGUGUACAGUUCAGUAGUUGUAUUGCUCGUGCUCUGCUUUCGCUCACCAAGUGGCUGCUCUGAAAACGGUUCACUCGCCGUGUGUUUAAUCACUGUGCUUUCAUACCAUCCCGUUGAAUUUAGCAGACAAACUCUUUCUCCUUCUCUUCCCCUCCCGCUCGCUUUCUAGAGACCUCCACACAGGGAAGAGAGGUGAUCUGUCUUUCUCUACGGUACCUCAGUUUCAUUUUCAACAUGAGUGGGGGAAGGAAAAAAAAAAAACAAUAAAAAACUGUCCAUCAGAUUAUGACCAACAUCGAGGGUUUUGCCGUCUUGAAUUAUCUGAAAAUGUUGUGGUGAAUAAUAUAUAUAUUUUUUUUUGAGCCUCUACAUUGCUGUUCAAAUCUCAACAACACAGUUAUCUUAGGUCGUGAGUGUUUAUUUUUGUCUUCCUUAUACACCCCCCCCCCCAAAAACAAAAAAAAAAAGAAAUCAGAAAGCAAAAUAUGAAACAAUGAAAGCCCCUUGGUAUGCAUGUAUUACAUAUUGUUGGAAAAAAAUGUACUUUGGGGUUGUAGAAGUUCAUGUAUUAAAAAAGAGGCUUGUUUGCAA